ACUAUAAUAAACCAAAGAGAACCGACUGGAAAAAUGAAGACUCGCUGGAAGAUUCCAGUUUUCUUCUUUGUAUGCAGUUUUCUGGGACCCUGGGUAGCUGCGACUCCUAAGCGUCGUCCAAGGGUUCCUGCCAGUCCCAAUGGUGGAACUGAACUGUGCCCCAAGAUCAGGAUUGGCCAAGAUGACUUGCCAGGGUUUGACCUGAUCUCUCAGUUCCAAGUCGAGAGAGCUGCAUCCCGAAGAACGGUCCAGAGGGUGGUGGGGUCCACGGCACUACAAGUGGCUUACAAGUUUGGGAGUGAUGUAGACUUCAGGAUCCCAACAAGGCAUUUGUAUCCCAGUGGACUGCCUGAAGAAUAUUCCUUCUUAACCACUUUCCGGAUGACUGGAAGCACACUUGAAAAGAACUGGCACAUUUGGCAGAUCCAGGAUUCCUCAGGGAAGGAGCAAGUUGCCGUGAAGAUAAACGGCCGAACAAAGUCUGUCUCGUUCGCCUACAAAGGACUGGAUGGAAGUCUCCAGUCGGCAGACUUUUCACGUUUGCCGUCCUUGUUUGACUCCCAGUGGCAUAAGAUCAUGAUUGGCGUGGAAAGGACCAGUGCCACUCUUUUCCUUGACUGCGUCAGGAUUGAGUCCUUACCUAUAAAGCCAAGAGGCCAGAUUGAGACCGACGGCUUCGCUGUGCUGGGGAAGCUUGCAGACAAUCCUCGGGUUUCUGUUCCUUUUGAACUCCAGUGGAUGCUGAUUCAUUGCGACCCACUGAGACCCAGGAGAGAAACGUGUCAUGAGCUGCCCGUCAGAAGCACGCCCAGCCAGACCACUGAUGACGAGGGAUUAACGGGACCUGAUGGAUCCCCUGGCUCUGUUGGACCAAGGGGACAAAAAGGAGAACCUGGUGUACCUGGAUCUCGUGGUUUUCCGGGCCGUGGCAUUCCAGGACCCCCUGGUCCUCCUGGAACCACAGGACUUCCUGGAGAACUUGGCCGUGUAGGACCUAGUGGUGACCCUGGGAAAAGAGGACCACCUGGCCCCCCCGGCCCCCCAGGACCCAGUGGAACAAUUGGAUUUCAUGAUGGAGACCCAUUGUGCCCCAAUUCCUGCCCACCAGGUCGCUCUGGAUACCCAGGCCUCCCAGGCAUGCGGGGUCAUAAAGGGGCAAAAGGAGAAAUUGGUGAACCGGGACGACAAGGACACAAGGGUGAAGAAGGUGACCAGGGAGAACUGGGAGAAGUUGGAGCUCAAGGACCCCCAGGACCUCAAGGUCUGAGAGGCAUCACGGGAACAGUUGGAGACAAAGGAGAAAAAGGUGCUCGGGGAUUAGAUGGAGAGCCUGGGCCACAGGGGAUUCCAGGUGCAGCUGGUGACCAAGGACAGCAGGGCCCUCCAGGAGAAGCAGGUCCCAAGGGAGACAGGGGUGCUCAAGGUUCCCGAGGAAUUCCUGGAUCUCCUGGGCCGAAAGGAGACACGGGCUUGCCAGGUGUAGAUGGUCGCGACGGAAUACCUGGAAUGCCGGGAACAAAGGGUGAAGCAGGAAAGCCUGGACCUCCGGGUGAUGUGGGCUUGCAGGGGUUGCCGGGUGUACCCGGGAUUCCUGGUGCGAAAGGCGUGGCCGGUGAAAAGGGUAACACAGGUGCUCCGGGGAAGCCUGGCCAGUUGGGAAGUUCAGGAAAACCAGGCCAGCAAGGGCCUCCAGGAGAGGUGGGACCUCGAGGACCCAGGGGUCUCCCUGGAAGUAGAGGAGAAGUGGGGCCAGAAGGGUCCCCAGGCAUGACAGGCAAACUGGGACCUCGUGGGAGCCCUGGCCUUCCUGGCUUGCCUGGGCCCCCCGGACUUCCAGGAAUGAAAGGCGACAGGGGUGUAUUUGGCGAACCAGGUCCCAAGGGUGAGCAGGGUGCCUCUGGUGAAGAAGGUGAAGCUGGGGAAAGGGGCGACCUUGGAGAUAUGGGAUCACCUGGCCCAAAAGGAUCUGUGGGUAACCCUGGGGAACCUGGCCUGAGGGGCCCUGAAGGAGUCAGAGGGCUUCCUGGAAUGGAAGGACCAAGAGGACCUCCUGGACCCCGGGGUGUGCAGGGAGAACAAGGUGCCACUGGGCUGCCUGGUAUCCAGGGCCCUCCGGGCAGAGCACCAACAGAUCAGCACAUCAAGCAGGUUUGCAUGAGAGUUAUUCAAGAGCAUUUUGCUGAAAUGGCUGCUAGUCUCAAGAGACCAGAUGCAGGAGCCUCAGGUCUUCCUGGGAGGCCUGGUCCCCCUGGGCCUCCAGGCCCCCCUGGAGAGAAUGGUUUCCCGGGUCAGAUGGGAAUUCGUGGUCUCCCUGGCAUUAAGGGUCCCCCUGGCGCUCUUGGGUUAAGAGGACCUAAAGGUGACUUGGGAGAGAAAGGAGAACGUGGCCCUCCAGGAAGAGGUCCGAAGGGUUUGCCUGGAGCUAUAGGUCUCCCAGGUGAUCCUGGCCCUGCCAGCUACGGGAAAAAUGGCCGAGAUGGAGAACAAGGUCCGCCAGGAGUGGCAGGAAUUCCUGGUGUGCCUGGGCCCCCAGGGCCCCCAGGCCCUCCUGGUUUCUGUGAGCCAGCUUCUUGCACCCUGCAGUCUGGUCAACGUGCCUUUAGCAAAGGGCCCGACAAGUGAAAGCCUUAGCGUUAGGGGAUCCUCUUCACAAACCAUGCCUGGGAGAGAAGCAGGGGGGAGAAAAACACCCAGAGCUGGGGCAAUGACUAAAAGUUUCAUCUUCAGCAUGAUUACACACGUCCUACUUGACAAUCAGAUUUAGAAAAAUGGUGCUAUUCAUUAAGUCUUGUUCCUUGUUCAUGGAAGAAAGACUGGUGCGACAUCAGACAAAAAUCAAAUUCAAAUUCCCUUUAGCCGAACUUAUAAUCUUCUGCCAAGGAUCUUGAACUUUAGUUUGUUAUGGAUAAAUAUGUGAUUUAUUGUGGGCCAGUGUGCCAACGAACAUAAUCAACUGUCCAGUUUACCUCAGUUGCUAUCGUUAUCUUCAUUUCAAUUCAGACACUGUUCUCAGAUUAUUAAUUCAGUUAUAUUAUUAAUUCAGGUAUCGCUAGAAUAGUAAGGAAGAAACCCCACUACAUUCAAUAAAAUUGGUGCUUAAAUCUUUCUACGAGCUGUGUCAUGGAAGUGAUCUAUUUACAUCAUACAGUGGUUUCUAUCUUUAUUCUGAAUUUGUGACUUGUAUGUACUGUACCCCAAACCUAUUUGUAUCUCCCAUAUCAAAGCAAAGAAGUAAUUUUAAUACCCUGACAUGCAUACAUUUUAUUGUUGACAUUAUUUAUUUAAAAAUUUGAGGUAACAUCUCUGGUUGUACCAAAGAACAAAUAAACACAGUUUCAUAACCUUUUGUAUGUUUCUAAGUGAGUAGUUGUGUU